CCAUCUCUUCCGCUUCAGUUCUUGUUCUUCUGAUACAUAUACCGAUAUACAUAAGAGUGCCUUAACUGCCUUCGCGAUUCAGGCAUAACAAUAAGGUAUGGCGGUGAGGAGAAAAUUGGGGGAGAGUUUGAAUAUCAAUUGCAAAAUGAUGUCGAGAUUUUCAAGAUAUUACAGCUCAAAAAAGGUGGACUUGAAGAAGAUGAGGCCUAUGAUUCUGAAGAGAAUCCAAGAUCGAGCAAAGGACUAUCCGGUGCACAGGAUGAUACCAGUGGCUGAGGAAGUCCUGAAUUCCCGGAGGCUUCUUAUCCAAGGUGUGUCUACCCUCCUCAAAGCGGUCCCAGUUGUGGCCUGCAAGUUCUGUCCAGAAGUAUACAUUGGCGAUAAAGGGCACUUAAUUCAGACUUGUCCUGGUUUCAAACGUCGUGGCAGAAAUCGGGUUCAUGAGUGGAUAACUGGUAGUAUGAAAGAUGUACUUGUUCCAGUAGAGGCAUUUCACUUGAAGCACAUGUUCCAGGAUGUAAUCAAACAUAACCAAAGGUUUGAUUAUGACCGAGUUUCUGCAGUUGUUGAGCUGUGCUGGCAAGCAGGGGCAAAUGAUGAAAAUCUGUAUUCUGGUACUUGGGACCCAGAAAAUGAUUGUGUUGCUCUUGAUGGAGCUGAGUCCUUGUCACCUGCUGAACUCACUCUGGUUGCCAAUGGAACUUUGAGGGCCUGGGAAGUACUUAGAAAUGGUGUGAAGAAAUUGUUGAUGGUUUAUCCAGCAAAAGUGUGUAAAGACUGUUCAGAAGUCCAUGUUGGGCCAUCUGGGCAUAAGGCGAGGCUGUGUGGACUUUUUAAGUAUGAGCGUUGGCAAGGAACCCACUUUUGGAGAAAACCUUCUGUAGAUGAUCUUGUUCCUCCAAACAUCGUAUGGCGGAAGCGGCAUCAAGAUCCUCCUGUGCUUUUGAAUGAAGGAAAGGGCUAUUACGGGCAUGCUCCAGCAGUAGUAGAACUAUGCUCACAGGCAGGUGCCGUUGUGCCUACAAAGUAUCAUUGUAUGAUGAAAAUGGAUGGUUUAACUGGAAAUGUAAAUCAAGGUUUACCUCCUCCGCCAUUUAACCAGACAGAACCAUACAGGGUGCUCCAUCUGAAAAAUCAUGUUUAAAUGCAGUUGAUACCGUGGGAAGUUGAUUUCCAGAGGAAGCUCCCUUAUGUACAAUUACUUAACUGAGAUGGAUAGUAAUCUAAAGUGGAAGUUGAAGCCUCAAAGAAGCUCCCUAUGACAUUCUGAUAUAGAUUAUUCACACCUAUUGUAGCCAUCUGAUUAAUGGGGAUGGAGUCUGAAAUGCUAUCCGCAUCUAUAUCAUUUCUGAUUACCUUGACGAUUGGUCCAGCCUUCUGUUUAACACAUACAUUAGCAAGGAUAUUCCAUUAACAAUCAAACAAUGAGUUAUGAAGAUAGCUCAGUGAAAAUGGCCAGUGUUACACUAUUACUUGGA